UGUAAAAAGGGAAAUUUGGGAAUGAGAUUUCCAGACUUCAAGACACUCAUCCACAUCUGAUGCUCUACAUGUUGCCACAAGCAUCUCUCAGAUCUCAAGAAGGGUAUCUCCUGAUUCCCAGACAACACUGAUGGAGAACAGGACAGAGGUGACAGAGUUCAUCCUUCUAGGACUCACCGAUGCUCCAGAACUGCAGGCCCCCCUCUUUGUUAUGUUCACUCUCAUCUACUUUGUCAACAUGGCUGGCAACUUGGGGAUGCUUGUGCUGAUUCUCUGGGACUCCCGACUCCACACUCCCAUGUACAUUUUUCUUGGUAACUUGUCUCUGGUGGAUGUCUUUUACUCCUCAGCUGUCACUCCAACCGUUGUUGCUGGACUUCUUGUUGGAAACCAAGCCAUUUCCUACAAUGCUUGUGCUGCUCAGAUGUUCUUAUUUGUAGUCUUUGCUACUGCAGAAAAUUUUCUCUUGGCUGCAAUGGCCUAUGAUCGCUAUGCAGCAGUGUGUAAGCCCCUGCAUUACACCACCACCAUGACUCCAACUACAUGCACGUGUCUGACCAUAGCCUGCUAUGCUGGCGGUUUUGUGAAUUCCUCCAUCCACACCGGGGAUACAUUCAGACUCUACUUCUGUAAGUCCAAUGUGGUCCAUCACUUUUUCUGUGAUGUCCCAGCAGUCAUGGUUCUCUCCUGCUCUGAUAGGCAUAUCAGUGAGAUGAUCCUUCUUUAUGGAGCAAGCUUUGUCAUCUGUUCUGCACUCCUUGUUAUUUUGAUAUCCUACAUAUUCAUCUUCAUCACCAUCUUCAAGAUGCGUUCAGCUGCUGGAUACCAGAAGGCCAUGUCCACCUGUGUUUCUCACUUCACUGCUGUCUCCAUUUUCUAUGGGACUCUAAUUUUCAUGUACUUACAACCCAGCUCUAACCACUCCAUGGAUACUGACAAAAUUGUGUCUGUGUUCUACACCAUGGUCAUACCCAUGCUGAACCCUGUGGUCUACAGCUUGAGAAACAAAGAGGUGAAAAGUGCAUUCAAGAAAGUUGCAGAGAGAACAAAACAUUCCCUAGGAUUUUGAGUUUAGCAUUGUAUGGUGCUCUGUAAUGAAGCUUCAUGCCUCUCAGAUCUUCUAUACAUGACUAAGUGACAUGUUAAGUAGAAGAUGUUAAGUAGAAGAAACAAUACCCUUCUAUUAUCAAAUGUUUGUUUAUUCAUUUUAGAGAAGGUACACAAUGAUGUUAAUGGAAU